UUGGAAAGUGACGAAGUUUUCCAGUGGCAUGUUUCAGGUGGAUUGGAACAAGGGUUUUACAAUGCUUUAUCGAUUGGAUGCCGCUCAUUUGCCUUUUUUGUGCGCAAUCAGCGAUCAUGGACCAGUCCACCGAUGAGCGAAGAAGUUGCGGAGCGGUUUCGAGAAACGGCCAAGAAAUUGAAAUUCCCAAUGGAUCAAAUUGUUGUGCAUGGAUCAUAUUUGUUAAAUUGUGGUAGCUCGGAUAUGGAAAUUCUGGGGCGAGCUCGAACUUCGAUGAUUGAUGAAUGCAAACGUUGCGAACAACUGGGCAUCAUUUAUUACAAUGUACAUCCAGGCUCCACAGCAGGCAAAUGUACACGUGAAGAGUGCUUGAAAACUGUCGCAGAAACACUGGAUUAUGUAAUGGAACGCACUCAGUACAUAACAAUUUUGAUCGAAACAAUGGCUGGACAAGGAAAUACGGUUGGUGGAAAAUUUGAAGAAAUCCAGCAAAUUAUCGAGAUGGUAAAGAAUAAGAAACGUGUCGGAGUGUGCCUCGAUACAUGUCAUAUUUUUGCUGCUGGAUAUGAUAUCCGGUCAGAAGAGGUAUACCAUGAAACGAUUACGAAAUUUGACAAUACAAUUGGCUUGCAGUAUCUUCGCGCAUUCCAUAUCAAUGACUCGUUGGGUAAGUUUUACUGCCAUUCGUCAUAAAA